GUGGUGUCGUCAACGCCGGCCUUUCCUUGAGUUGAUUGUAUUUAUAGAACUAUGUGAAACAACUUCUCACAAAAUACCGGUUGCGUUUCCGCGGCUCUUAUCAUCGUCAUUUCGAACAAAACCUGCCACCACGGAGUUUCGUGCGAUGCUGUAGUGUUUUUAGGUUUAGGUAACUUCAUUAACGAAACGUCUUUCCUCAAUUUUCUAUCAAUAACCGUCGUCCUUCCCUGCGCCGCUAAACUUGUUUUAUUCAAUAGCCUGCAGCAUUUCUUUGGUUGAUCUUCUCAGUGUGGAGACAUCAAGUGCAUCUCAGUUUACACCAGCAAAGAAUUGUCAACAAGUCAACAAAAUGAGCAAAUACGCCUGGGUGACUUUAGCGACCAAUGAUUCCUACUCCCUUGGAGCUCUUGUUGUAGCUCACUCGCUAAAGCGAGUUCAUACUGAGCAUCAAACAGCUGUGCUCAUUACGCCAGGUGUAUCGGAAUCAAUGAAAACAAAGCUACGCGCUGUAUUUAAUGUUGUAGAAGAGGUUAAUCUACUGGAUUCAAAAGAUGAAGCAAAUCUUGCGCUUCUUAAGCGACCAGAGCUGGGUGUUACUUUCACCAAAUUACACUGUUGGCGCCUUACACAAUUCGAGAAAUGUGUUUUCCUCGAUGCUGAUACGCUGGUUUUGCGCAACUGUGAUGAGCUUUUCGAACGAGAAGAGCUAUCGGCUGCACCUGACAUUGGCUGGCCGGAUUGUUUCAACUCAGGGGUGUAUGUGUACACCCCAAAUAUGGAAACAUUCUCUAGCUUGGUUCAGUACGCUGUCACUCACGGUAGUUUCGAUGGCGGGGAUCAAGGAUUGCUGAAUUCAUACUUCUCUGAUUGGGCUCACAAGGACAUCCAGAAGCACUUGCCCUUCAUUUACAACACGUCUUCGGUGGCGACGUACUCUUACUUGCCUGCAUUUAAACAGUUUGGACAAAACACAAAAAUUCUUCAUUUCAUCGGUGUUGCUAAGCCAUGGCUGCAGAACUUUAACUCUGAAACACGAAAAGUUUAUGUUCCUUCCGAAUGUCAGCAUCUAGCCAACUUUCUUCAGUACUGGUGGGACAUUUUUGCUGAAGAUGUUCAUUCACGGCUAAGUCCGGAUAUGCAACAAGCUUUAAAACACUGGAUGAAGCCUUUAAGCAAGGUUAGUGCUAAUCAAUAUCGUUCCACCAGUUCGGGAACGAUCUAUGUAACUAAUGAGACCGACAUCGAUAAUCAGAUGUUAUGUUGGCAAAAUGAACAAAACCAUCAAUCGCAGCAACAGCAAAGAGACGGUUACGUUCCUUCAUAUGAUCCACAAAUGGUAUAUACAGAUCCCUGGGAGGAUUAUCUGCAAAGACAAGAGCAUGCAAAAAAUAUGAGAAAACAAGAAGAAGAGCGGCUAUACUUCCUAUAUUUAGAUCAACUACGUGUUCAAGAACAUGAAAGCCGCCAAGAGUAUGAAUCAUCUCUUGUAAACACAAAGAGUCACCAUGAACAGUCAUAUCAUGUACAUCAUGAUCAACAUGUUUCCCAACAUCAGAAUCUUCACCAAGGUACUGAUGAGGGUCAUGAUGAACAUCGCCAUGAAGUUCAUUAUGAUACAAAUGCCUUCCAGCGUACAGAUCAAUGGGUCGAUAAAAUGAUACAACAACACGAAGCAAAUAUAGGUCACUGGGAAAAAGCUCCUAGCAAAGUAUAUGAGGUUCAGGAACGAGAGCCAUUCAGCUUCAAUACUGUGGACCCGACCGGUUAUCAAUUGAACAACAAAUUAAAUCCACAAGACUCAGCUGGUGAUAGAAGCACUUCCGUUAAGGAUAGUACUGAAACUAUCACAGUAGAAGAAAUCAAAACGGUUGCUUUAACCUCCCAACAACAAACAUCAUGUCCCGACCUGUACGAACCAGCCGAAUGCCAAGCAAAUGUUGAUGGUGGUAAAAAUGGGGAAGGGGAUGGGAGUGGUAUUGCUGGGGCAUUGGCUCAGUUGCAUCUUGGCGAAGCGAAAUCUAAGGAACAAGAAGCCUACGAAGAGCAUAUGAGACGUCAAUGCUGGGAAACAGGCAACAUCGAUUAUAUGGGUCGGGACUCUUUUGACAACAUUUGGAAACGCAUUCAACAAACCAUAAACACCGGCUCAUGCAUGGAAGAAUCAUCCGAGGCUUCCGUUGCGCAAACUACUGCACCUGGUACAACACAACGCGCAAGCCGCCGCCCAUCACGUUCGCGAUCUGCAACUCCGAAAAGAGAUCCGAAAGACCGCUCUCCAACGCCACAACCAGAAGAGAAAAUAUCUGUUGAUAAAAAGGAAGCCCAAGUCGUUCCUCCACCGGUCAUUGCGGAGGAGGACGAUGUUGCUGUCAGUUUAUCUACGAUGGACUGUAGUAGUUUUGCAAUACGACUCCAAACCUCCAGGCUGCCACCACCAAUUCAGUAUGAUCCAACUACCAAUACGACAACAUUGACGAAGAAAGUUUUUGCAGGUUACCAACAAAUUAUAACGACCAAGAGUCCAGAAGGAAAAACUCGAACGCACACGAAGCUGGUCUACGAUCCCUCGGUCGAAGAUGAUGAAACUAAAGAGGAGGCGAAUGUGCCACUUACUACACCCACAGUAGCCUCGAACCAGGACGUAGUAGAUGGUACUGUGAUGCAGAAGGCGACCGUAAAUACUCCUCCAGUAUCGUCGAAGCAAAAGAUAACGACGGCAGCUGCUGAAGGUGGCAUGAAGGAAAUGUCUUCAACAAAAACUGCAAUGCAGGCAUCGAAUAUCACUCCUGGAAUUAAAAAAGAUGCCAAUGUUUCUCAGUCGCCGAUGCCAAAAUCUGCAUCAAACCCCACGGCUCCAUCCUCAGCCCAACAGCCUCAACAGCAGGUGGCACAGGAAUCGCUUGCAGGUAAAACGAACGCAUUCUUCGAAACACAGCAACCGGUCAAAGCAUUGCGUAAAAAAAGACACAUUUCUCCACCACCGCAACCACUGCCUACUACAAACGCGACGUCCAACAAUCAAGCCUCAGGAAAAGCAUCAACUUCAUCUUCGCCAUUAUCAUCAUCAUCGUCAUCUGCAACGAACGCUUUGCACCGUGGGCUGCCGGCUAAUCCAAAGGCUUCCGUAACUACAGCUAUUUUGCCAUCUGUCGUAUCGCAUCCAUCAAUAGCAUCCUCUAGCAAGGCAGAAGCGAGCAACACACAGAACACUCUCAACACACGCACUUUUUUAAAUAAUCAAAAAGAUGAAUCGGCUCUAACACUGCCAUUACUUGAGAAGACUUCAACACCCGCGUCACAGUCAUCACCGUCAACCAAGAGUUCCACUGAAACGAAACCAAACCACACCGCCGUCGAAGGUUCUAAAGUUGGUUCGCCUCCAGUGCCUCCACGUCGUAAGCGUGAAUCAAGAACUGCAAAAAUAGGUAAAAUUUAAUAGCCACGUCUUUCUAUGAACGUGUUCGUUUCUUCAUCAAAUCCUAGUUCAUCGAGCGGAAACACACAAGCGGUAAACAAAAAUUGAACAAUUGCAACUUGGGCUUCGUAACAAAUAAUAAUCCCUUAUUGGGAAUAGAACAUCGAUACACAAUACAACGAUUCCGUCAAUAAUCGGUUUCGAUGCUAUGAUGAUUAUCCAGAUUUAAGUCAACUUUCCUUCUAACCCGCUUUAAUAGCUUCGGUGAUUGCAUCUUUUAUCUUUAAAAAGCAUUCAAAUUCAAUUUGUUUGAAAGGGAUCGUUUUUUUUUCAUUUCCAUCGCCACUACAAUAAUUGGCAAUCUACUAAUCCUGACCAAACCUGAGCCUUACCGAGACUUUGACCCAUAGUGGGAUAGUCCACGUCCACGGCAUCUCCUUAUUGUUAUUGGUGGGUCGGUCCUAUCCGUAUAUGGAACUAGGAUGGACGUUUUGUUGAGUCAUACGUUUAACGACUACACUUCUCAAGGACUGUGCCGAAAUUUGUCAAUUCAGUAUUUCACAAAGUCACUCACCUCGACAACCACACUAGACGGACAAAAAGCAAUACAGCAACUGUCUGUGUUUAGCUAUUGAACUUUGGUUUGAAUGCAAAACGUCUAAUGAUUCAUUUUCAAGAUACAAGACAAUUUUCAUUUGAAGUUUAAAAAUUCACAAUUCACAUGCUAUUGCUUUCGUCGCACAAAGCUACACUUGAGACAUUUGAUCAAACUGUUUACUUAAAACAAAUCUACAUCUACAUUGCAAAUCGCAAUUGUUUGCAUUACCGUACGCGUUUAUUGUAUAACCGCACAAACCCCUUGUUUUUUUUUUUUUUUCAAAAUUGUACGUCACAGCUAACACGUAAACGGACUCAAUUGCAAACAUCCUUUGGACACUUUCAUCAAUGUUCUAAGAUUGUUCUAAUAAAGCUCAAUUUGUGUAUUAUAUAGUCAAAGUUAUUAUUCAUUACAUUGAAUAACCCGAUCCGUUUCAUGUUGCGUACCUGUAGGUCGAUGCCAUGUUUUCUCUAUCAGAAUGUUGUUCGUUGGUUUCGUUCUCAAAAACCUAGCACUAGCCUAGAACGUGAUUACACAAAAUUAUGUUUUGUUCGUCUAUCAAUCGCCUGCUUGCCAUACCAGCAUUUUAUGAUUUUUAUAAUGGAAUUUGAGUUAUAAUCUAUCUUAUUCUCUUGUUCUCUUCUCUUUUCU